GCACUGAUAAAUGGCACUGACAGGCGGCACUGAUGCGCACGGAUAGGAAGCACUGACUGGCACGGAUAGGUGGCACUGACUGGCAGCUCAGAUGGGCACUGAUAUGCGGCAUUGAUGUGCACUGGUAGGCACUGAUAUGUGAUAUGUGGCACAGAUGGGCACUGGCAGGUGGCACUGAUGAGCACUAACAGCUGGCAUUGAUGGACACUGACAGGUGGCACUGCUGGGGCUACACUGAUCAUCAGGGCACACUGAUCAUCAGUGCCCUGAUGAUCACUGUCAGUGUGACAGCUCAGGGGACAUCUACACUGAUCAUCAGGGCACUGAUGCUCAGUGCCCUGAUGGUCAGUGUAGCCCCAUCAGUGCCACCUGUCAGUGCACAUCAAUGCCACAUAUCAGUGCCGAUCUGAGCCACCUUUCAGUGCCAACUAUCAGUUUCAGUCAGUGUCGCCUAUCAGUGCCAGUCAGUGAUGCCUAUCAGUGCCAUAUAUGAGUGCUGCCUUUCAGUGCCCAUCAGUGAUG